AUGUUUCCGAUGCAAGUAUUGAUUGUUUUAUCAACGAUUAUUAUCGUUCAUCAGACAGCAAAAUUGAACAAUGAGAAUCAAACACCGGUCACAACUAAUUAUGAAUUUGAUAAAGAUGGACAUGAAAUGUUAAACAACAAGACAUUUUAUAAUUAUUCAAAUGGUAGUUCUGAAAGUACAACUUCAUAUUAUUUUAAUAUAAAAAAUUUAUUUGGAAAUUACACAAAUUCAAAUGAAACAGCUUCACCUGUUUCAAAAUAUAUCAUUUCAGACAAUAUAAAGGGUAUAAUAAGGGAUAUUAAAAGAACCCACUUCCCUACGUUUCCUUGGUUUGACUAG